AUUGGACGCAUUCGAAAUUUCAAAUUCUGGCGGCACAGGCAGCGUCAAGCGUCAACUCGCCAACCGCGUGGGCGUCGCGCCACAAUAAAAGGCUCCGGCGAGCAGAGGAGGAGGAGGAGGUCAUACUCGUACGUACGUACACAUCUCGAAGAACCACCAGCUGUGAGAUCGUUCGACGACUUUGGAUCGGAUGGCUGCUGGCGUGGGCAAGGUGGGGGAGUGGAUACGGAGGCGGAUGAUGCCGCGGAGGAGCAAGAGCAAGGCGGCCGGGAGCCGGAGCCGGAGCGAGGGCGACGGCGGCGAGGCCUUGCCGGCGCCGCCGCAGAGGAAGCUCCGUGCGCGGGCGUUGCCGGCGGCGCUGCGGUGGCGACCGCGGGGGCGCUUGCUGGCGGUGCUGUACGAGAAGGUGGUGUACCACCUGCUGUGGCUGGUGGAAUCCAUCGUCGUCGUCGCCAGGCUCUGCUUCUUCGUCAUGCGCUUCGGCCUCAAGCAGCUCUGAGCUCUCUCUCAUUGGUCUGGAUUCUAGGGCUAGAUAAAUUUCGAGAAAAACAGUUCGAGAUGUUUGGAUUUCGCGAAAUUCGUUCGAAUUUUGUCGAGAUUGUCUGCUCUGGGAUCGAGAAGGAGAAGCGGGGGGAGAACAACAAAUUGGGAGAUUUUUUGAAGUGUCCCGUUGAUUCUUUCUUCUUCUUUCUUUCGCGCUAAUUUGUUUUGCCACUUUUGUGUGGCUUUAUUUUCAGAGAAACUGUAAGUAUCCUGCUGUCUGUGUAUACGAGGAAUUGUCUUUGUUUUUUAAUCCCCUUGUGUAAAUGUAAAUGUUUCAUCUGAUCUCUGCCCGUAAAAUGUUGUGACUUGAAUGAAAAUACCUGUGAAUAUUUCUGGAAA